AUGUUCACCCUCACCCCACUCUCCCUUCCACCCUCACCCCACUCUCCCUUCCACCCUCACCCCACUCUCCCUUCCACCCUCACCCCACUCUCCGUUACACCCUCACCCCACUCUCCCUUCCACCCUCACCCCACUCUCCGUUACACCCUCACCCCACUCUCCCUUCCCCCCUCACCUACUCACUCUCCCUUCCACCCUCACCCCACUCUCCCUUCCACCCUCACCCAACCCUCACCCCACUCUCCCUUCCACCCUCACCCCACUCUCCCUUCCACUCUCACCCCACUCUCCCUUCCACCCUCACCCCCACUCUCCCUUCCACCCUCACCCCACCCUCACCACACUCUCCCUUCCACCCUCACCCCACCCUCACCACACUCUCCCUUCCACCCUCACCCCACUCUCCCUUCGACCCUCACCCCACUCUCCCUUCCACCCUCACCCCACUCUCCCUUCCACCCUCACCACACUCUCCCUUCGACCCUCACCCCACUCUCCCUUCCACCCUCACCCCACUCUCCCUUCCACCCUCACCACACUCUCCCUUCGACCCUCACCCCACUCUCCCUUCCACCCUCACCCCACUCUCCCUUCCACCCUCACCCAACCCUCACCCCACUCUCCCUUCCACCCUCACCACACUCUCCCUUCGACCCUCACCCAACCCUCACCCCACUCUCCCUUCCACCCUCACCACACUCUCCCUUCGACCCUCACCCCACUCUCCCUUCCACCCUCACCCCACUCUCCCUUCCACCCUCACCCCACUCUCCCUUCCACCCUCACCCCACUCUCCCUUCCACCCUCACCCCACUCUCCCCUCCACACACAUCACACAAGCAGUUACAGACCAAUCAGAAGACCUGA